AUGGAACCAAAGUCACCAAAAUCUACAGACACAGCAGCAACAAUAGCAUCAUUAUCAUCAAGAAUUACUCUAUUGGAAGAUGAAUUAGAAGAAGCCGGUAAAGAAAUGGCUGAAAAUAUUAGACGUGAGGUGGAAUUACAAAUGGAAUUGGAUUGUGUUAUUGCGCAGAAAGAAGAAGACAUUCAAGCUGCCACUGAACCUUUAGUAAACAAAAUAUCACAGCUAGAAACUGAACUAUCAUAUUCCACUUCUUCCUCUGGUAGUGAUGGUAGUGGUUAUAAUUCAGGAUUCAGUUCACCAACACAUAGUAACCAUGAAUAUUAUAAUAUAGAAAGGAUAAAACAGGAAAUUAACAAUAAACAUUUAAAUGAAUUAGAAGAAAUUAUGGAACAAAAUAAAAAAACCGUGGAGAAGUUAAAUAGCGAAAAUAGCGAAAAUGAAAAAAAAUUAGAAAAUUUUGAGGUUGAAAUAAGGAAUUUGCAAAAUGAAAUUGGAAAUCGCGAAUCGGAGGUUGGAAAUUUAAAAAAGGAAAAUAAAUUACUAAUAGGCGAAAAGAAUUUAUUGAGUUCUGAACAAUUAGAAAACCUCAAAAUUGAGAAAUCAAGAGAAAUGGAAAAUUUACAAAAAAUUAAUCUUGAUGAAGUUGCAAACCUUGAAAGUAAACUUUUGAAUGCUAGCAAUAAACUUGCCUCCAUCGAAAAUUCCUUCCAAGAAUUAAAUUCCAAAUAUCAACAAUGCACGCAAAAUAAUUCGCAAGCAUCAACCGAACUGAUUUCCGCAUAUGAAAAAGUUCAAGAAUUUGAAGAUAAAAAUAGAAUUCUAGAAAAAAAUUGCGAGGAAUUGUUCGACGAGAAAAUAAAACUGAAUGCCGAGAAAGAAAUGUUCCUAAAAGAUAUCCAGAAAAUAAAACUUGAGAAAUCGGAAUUGGAAAAUGAGCUUAAGGAAUCGCACGGCAAAUUGGACGAAUUCAUGAAAUCCAUGAAAGAGAAAUGGGAAUCGCAAUAUCGAGAUCUUGAACAAAGACAUCAAGAAACUGAGUCAAAGCUGGAAGAAACUGAGUCAAAGCUGAAAGAAUCUGUCGAGAGAAAUGAACUUAUUUAUGAAGAAUUGAUGAAAGAAAAAGAAAAAGAAAAAUCGAAUGAAAUGAAUCACGAACAGUUGAACGAGAGAUUGAGAGCGUUGGAAAAACAAAACAAAGAGAAAAUUAAAGAAUUAAAGAAUCUUCAAUCGUUGAUCAAGUCAGAAAAUGAGCGAUGGAAAGAUAAGGAGGAGAAUUUUAUGAUAAACUACGAAAAAUUGGAAUUGAAAUUUAAACAAAAAGAAUCCGAAUACGAUAUUAUAAAUGAUGAGUUGGAAUUUAUUACGGCCGAGAACAAAUCCAUCAAGCAAAAAUUGUUUGACAACGACAAGGAGAAAAUAUUGAUCGAUCGAGAGAAAAGACAGAUUGAGAUCGAAUUCAAGAAAUUGCUGGAAGAGAAAGAAAAUCUUUCCAAACAAUUGGACGAAAUCGAAAAUCAAUAUCAAGAAGAAAUUUCAAUUAUUGCCAAAGAAAUGCAAAGAAGAUUAGAAUCAACUAGUAAAUUACUUCAAAAAAUAACAAAUUUGGAAAGUUCUCUAAAAUCUUCUAGGCUUGAAUGCAAAAAAUUGAAUGAAAAAUUGGCGGAAAUUCAACUCGAUCAUUUCGAAGCAGUUAACGAGAAAAACAAAGUAAUUGAAGAAAAAUUCGAAGCUCAAAAGAAAAUCGAAUCGUUAGAAUCUAGACUUGAAAGUCUUAAUAAAUUAUCAGGUUUGGAAAAGAAAGACUUGAGAUUAAUGGAAAAAUAUCAUGAAGUGUUGGCUAAAAAUAUGGAGUUAACAAUUCAAUUAAGUUCAAAAUGA